UGCAGUUUGUUUUAAUGAAUGUGUUACUCUUACAGAUAACUUGCCCUGGAGUGCUGCUGAAAGACAAAGAGGAACUUUAUCUCAGUGUCUCUGUACUUGGACAGUACAAAAAAACUCAAUGCGUCCCUGCAGUGUUUCCACUCUUCUUUCAAGAAAAACUAGUAUUUGAAAAGGCAUUUGCUGAUAUAGUUGAUCCUGGAGACCUUGUGGAGUUACUGGAACUUGACACAGCAGUACUUGAACUCAUACAGCUCAUUCCUCCAGUAGGAAAAAUUCUAGCUACCUAUGAAGAAAAUACAAGAGAUUUCCUGUUCCCUGACCCUAAGCUUACCUGUGGGCACCAUGGUUCAGAUCGUGAGAUUUUAAUGAAGAGAUCCUCUUCUUUUACAGGAAUUGCACCAAAAUUGAGAUUUUCUACAAGCUCCCUUAUUACAGAAAGUCUGUUAAGCUCAGGAAGGAGUCACAUACAGGGUGAUUUGAAUUGGGUACAUCACUCAACCCCAAAUGGAAAAUUGCAAACAAAGUUACCAAAGAAAAAUACUCUUUCACCUGAGAAAAGCAGGCACAGCUUAGCAACAAAGAACUACGAGCAGCCUACAAUAGCUUCUAAAUCACGUUCUCCAUCUCCAUACACAAAACGACGAAUGUGUGAGCUAUCAGAAGAAGCCAGGCAACGACUGGCCCAUUUAAACCUUGGUCCUUAUGAAUUCAGAAGAGAAACUGAUAAACCUCCAUUUGUAGUUAGACGGGUUGAACAACCAAGUCCUGGUAUUAAGUUUCAUACCUGGUGUCCCACACGAGAAAGCACAGUGGAAGCCUGGACCAAGGUAGACCAUGAUCCUUCUCUUCUCGGCAGCUACAGACCCAAGAAAGCCAAAGCAAAAUCUACUCAUGGAAAAGACUUUGACAGUUCUGAUGUUUGCCAGGAGGAUGUGGUCUCAGAUCCAGCCAACAGACAGUCCCAUUCUGGUUCAUUAAAGCAUUCAGCACCUCGAGCAUUUCAGAAGCGUUCUCUAAGUUCUGUGCUAAAUCGAUCUUCUCUAAGGGAAAGGUAAUGACUUGGUUUUGUUUGUGAAAUUCUGGAAUUAUUAACGUGAGCAGAUGAUAACAG